AUGUCAUUUUACGGUUCGAAGAAUAAUGUGGACCUUGAGGCAGGCAAUGGCCAACUCUACCCGGGCAUGCAAGAACAUCCACAAUUGCGAUGGGCUUUCAUCCGUAAAGUUUAUUCCAUCCUUUGCGUACAGUUGCUUAUAACUUUUGGGGUUGCUCUUGGCAUGUUUUUAAUCCCUCCGGUUAGAGAAUUUAUGCGUUCAAGGAAUGGCCUCUACACCAUGAUCGCUCUUAUAGUUGUCACCUUCAUACUGUGCAUAUUAAUGCAUUACGUUAGAAAGCGUCAUCCAUGGAACUAUGUUGUCAUGUUUCUCUUUACCUUUGCAAUGGCAUUUAUGAUUGGAGCAGCUUGCAAUCAGAAGAAAGGUGAAACUGUCUUGAUGGCUGCUGGUCUAACACUUCUAGUCACUGUUGGCCUCACUGUCUACACAUUCUGGGGUGCAAAGAGAGGCCAAGACUUCAGUUUUCUUGGCCCAUUUUUACUUUGUGCAUUGCUCUUGCUCUUGGCAUUUACUCUUAUUCGGAUCCUCUUCCCUAUGGGAAGAAUGGGAGAGCUGGUGAUAGGUUGUAUUGGAGCACUCGUGUUCUCAGGUUUUAUCAUAUACGAUACAGACAAUCUAAUCAAACGUUUUGACUAUGAUGAGUAUAUUGAAGCAGCUUCUUGUCUCUUCCUCGACAUAUUAAACCUCUUCAUGUAUAUUCUUAUGAUUUUGAAUGGUGAUGAAUAA